UCUGUAAUGAUGUUUUAUUCCGACUCUCCAAGCCUCCAACACCACCAUGGUUCAUCUCCAUCAAAUCACGUGCCUCCGGGCGCUUCUCGUCGGCCUCCUCACUCUUGGCCCGGUUGAUGCUGCAAAUGCCGGCCGCGUCGACAGGGGUACUCGGCAAGCUCUCCCCGCAAUCUGGCCCCCACCACAACAGAUAUCAUCGACCGGAUCGAACAUCGCGCUCAACGGCCCUGUAACAAUCGUGACCGGCAAUGCCACGGACUCCGCUACAAUCGACGCAGUCAAGGCUGCUGUGGUUUCCGCUGGUGGUAAACCCGUCAUCGCGUCUAAGCCGUCUAAUCAUGGUACGCAAAUCUUCAUUGGGACCGAGGCGGACGACGGAGAUGCUGCCGCUAUUGCGAAGGCGCUCACGGGGAACUCGGCGGAUGGACUCGUCGCCGAUGGCUAUGUCCUCGCAUCUGGAAAUUACAAGCGCCAGCCGACAAUUGUCCUGAACGGUGUAGACGCGCGCGGCGCUUUCUACGCGUCGCAGACGCUGCGUCAGCUUGUUACCGGGCACUGUAUUCCAGGCGUCAAAGUGCGGGAUUGGCCGCUCAUGUCGAUCCGUGGUUCGAUUGAGGGGUUUUAUGGCCUUCCUUGGUCUCACCAGGCGCGGCUGGACCAGUUCGUCUUCUAUGGGAAGCAUAAGAUGAAUACCUACAUCUACACUCCUAAAGACGACCCCCUACUCCGUGCUAAUUGGCGCACGCUUUACAGCGGCGACGCGCUUUCCCAGCUCCAGGAGCUUAUUGAGACGGCCAACGCCAACCACGUUGACUUUACGUUUGCGCUUUCACCAGGCUGGGACGUGUGUUACUCCUCCGACGCGGACUUGAACGUAACCACCACCAAGCUUGAUCAGAUCCGCGAGCUGGGUGUCACCAGCUUCUACAUUGCACUUGAUGACAUCCCUCUGGAGUUCCACUGCGACUCAGACAAGCAGAGGUGGAACGAUACGGGCAACUGGCACUGGAUAGCCGACGCCCAAGCCUUCUACCUGAACCGUAUCCAGAAAGAGUAUAUCGAGCCAAACGCCCUCAACGACCUCCAAAUCGUCCCAACCAACUACGCAGGAAGCGCACCGGACCCCUACAAAGGCGAGUUCGGAACCAUGCUCGACAAGAAAAUCCGCGUCCAAUGGACCGGCGAAGGCGUUUUUAGCGAUCAAAUCACCGUCGCCAGCGUCGUCCAGGCAGGCAAGACUUACGUUACUGACAACCUAUACAUCUGGGACAACUUCCCCGUCAACGAUGGCAGGAGGAACCGCCUCUUCCUUAACCCGCUCACCGGCCGUGACCCACAGCUCUACAAGAACCUCAUCGGUUUCACAUCCAACCCCAUGGAAGAAGCAUACGCGUCCAUGCCUGCCCUCGCCAACUACGCAGAUUACACCUGGAACGGCCCCGCCUACGACGCCGACGCCUCUAUGGCUGCCAUCCUCCAGGAGCUCGCGGGCAGCGGGAGAGGUGUCCACGACGCGGUCAUCGCGUUCGCGGACCUUAACCAGAACUGGCCAUACCGCGACGCCAUUGUCAAUGCACCGCUUCUUAACAAGGAUAUUGCGGCGUUUUGGACCGCGCGCAAGGCGUCGUCGAAGCGGGGGAAUGGGAAGAAGGAUGGUACUGCGGCGCUGCGAAACCGUCUCGCGCUGCUGACCACGCUUCCCGGUGUUCUGCCAAGAAUGGCGAUGAAGGGGUUCGCGGCGGAUGUGGCGCCCUGGUCGACGGUGGCGAUGCAGUGGGCGACUGCUUGUCAGCAUUUGAUCGCUAUGCUUGAUGCCCUUGAUAAGGGGGAUAAGGGGAAGGCUGGUAGGGAGUUUGAUGUCGCGCAGGCGUGGGUUAAUAAGACGUUGGCGAAGACUGUUAAUGAUAGCAGUGAUAAUGGGACGUUCAUCCCCAACUCGAUUACCCCGACUACGGGUGAUGGAGCGUUUGACACUUUUUUGGCUAACUCUACGGCUAUUUUUAAGGCGCAGUAGAUGGUGAUAAGGUGAUAGGGGUUAGAGUAGUUGGAUAGAGGGAAAUAAUGUAAACAUCGUUAAAGAAUGCAAA